AUGAAGACUUCUACUUCAUGUAUUAUAUUGAGGCUUUGCUAUUUUGCCAUUCCGAUGUUUCCAAAAAAACAAAUGGUUUCAUCAACUGACAUGCAUAGUGGAGAUAAAGUUGUGAGAAGAUUAGACGAGGAUGUGGAUUCUCUAUUAAUGAAAAGUCAGAAUAUCCAAGUUCCUCGAUUUAAGGGUAACAAAAGUAUGAAUCAUUUUAUAUCUCAAUCGCUGGUCAGUAGAAGAGGUUCUGCUCAAAAAGGCUCAAUGGAUAUGGGUUUAAAUGGGGGUCCUUUAUCUAUAGGUCACAAAUCGAAAAGAAUGGAUGCUACACUUUUCAUUGAUAUCCAUUCACCGAAUUUUAAGACUAGUGAUUCUGUUGAGGGAAAAGAAAUAUUGAAUAGUGUGAAGGAAAAUUAUUUGUCAGAUCAUAUGAAAAAGGUAAAUAUUAAUAAUGCGAAUGGUUCUUCUUCUUCUUCUUCUUCUUUACAGCAAAAAGAUACGGAUACCUUUAUUGGUGAUAGAAAUUUACAACGAUCAGCUGGAGAUAUGACAAGAGAUAUAUAUAAGUUGGCGACACAAUCUUGUUCUAGCAAAAAAUAUAAGACAUUGGAAGAUAUACAAUUAACAUCAGAAAGAAAUCGAAGGAAAUCGACUGCUAGUGGUUUAAAUGUGCCUGGUGGGUUCAGAAGGGAAUAUAUUGUUAAAAAGAUCAGAAAUGAACAAGCAUCAGCAUCUACUAAUUCAGACCUAAACUGUAAAAAUGAUGUUUUUUAUGGAUCAAUACCGAAAAUUACGAGAAGUAUAGAUCCAUCAUUUGAAUCUGAUUGCGAAGUUGUUAAUGAAUCUGGUAAUGAUUUGACAAAUGUCCCCUUUUUUACAAGAAACUUCUUGGAAUUUUUAUAUCUCUAUGGUCAUUUUGCUGGUGAAUCUUUUGAAGAUGAUUUCUUACCUGAAUCUAUAGGCCAAUCCAUAGAUGAAGAAACAGGAAGUGUGGUCCCAAUAACAAACAAAACUAUGAAAGAACAAAUACAUGCUGUUAGGGGAACUGCAUCUGAUAGAAAGGCGUUUUUGUUACUAUUAAAAGCAUUUAUUGGAACAGGAGUCUUGUUCUUACCAAAGGCAUUUUUCAAUGGUGGUCUUUUAUUCAGCACUGGGAUGUUGAUAUUUUUUGGUGUUUACUCAUACUGGUGUUAUUAUAUUUUAGUUAAGGCUAAGGAAAUAACAAAAGUGUCUUCUUUUGGAGAUAUUGGAUUAAAGUUGUAUGGGCAUUGGUUAAAAAUUUUGAUUUUAUUCGCUUUAGGUAUCACUCAAAUUGGGUUUGCUGGUGCAUAUAUGAUUUUUACAAGUAAAAAUUUAGCUGCUUUCGUAGAAAAUGUUUUUUAUCGCAAUAUCAACUUAGCAUAUAUAAUGAUUUUCCAGCUUAUUAUAUUUAUUCCAAUAUCAUUUGUUAGAAAUGUUUCAAAAUUGUCACUUCCAGCUUUAAUAUCGAAUUUUUGUAUUAUGUUUGGUUUAAUAAUUAUUGUUAUUUUUUUCCUGAAUCAUUGGAUCUAUGAUUUAUCUUUUAGACCUAUGACUGACAUAAUAUACGGUGUUAACACAGAAAGAUGGUCCUUAUUUAUUGGAACAGCUAUUUUUGCCUUUGAAGGUAUCGGAUUGAUUAUACAAAUACAAGAGUCAAUGAAACAGCCUGAACAUUUUCCUAAGGUUUUAAGAUCAGUUAUAACAGUAGUAACAAUAUUGUUUGUUACAAUGGGUUCUAUAGGAUAUUUAAUUUAUGGAUCAAACGUGGAGACAGUUAUUUUAUUGAACUUACCUCAACAAAAUAUAUUUGUUAAUAUAAUUCAGCUAUUAUAUUCCUUGGCUAUCAUGUUAUCUACACCAUUGCAAUUGUUUCCAGCAAUCAAGAUCAUUGAAGAUAAAUUUUUCUCAAAUUUUCUCAAGAUAUAUAGUGGUAAUAAUAAAGGUCAAGAAUCUUUAAAUGUACCAUAUCAAUUGUAUUCUGGAAAAUUGAAUUGGAAGAUUAAGUGGUGGAAAAAUUUGAUGAGGUCUAUUAUCGUAUCGUCAGUGGCCACAUAUGCAUAUUUUGGAAUCAAUUCCUUAGAUAAAGUAGUUGCUAUUGUAGGAUCAUUUUGUUGCUUACCUUUAGUAUAUGUGGUUCCACCAAUGGUACAUCUACGCUGUUAUACUAGAGGUUUAAAAAAACCAACCCACACUACUGCAAGGCAAAUUAACAUGAUUAUAUGGUUUGAUUGCUUCCUGAUUCUUUUCGGUGUUGUUAGUAUGUUGUACACAUCUUAUCAAAGUAUAGUUGUUAGUUAA